AUGAGAAACUUCCUUUCCCUGGGUUGUUUUGCCUUGUUGCUAAUUAUUGAAACCAGAACUGUAUUUGCGGAUGACGAACUGGAGGAGAUACAUGCAAGCGGUGACGAAAUGGAUGAGACUCAUACAGUCCUUUCCGGGGUCGGUAAAAAACCUGCUCCCAGGAGGACUACUCCCGAUAUUGAUGAAGAAACGGAUGGUUAUCCUGUGGGUAAGUCACUCGGUUGGGGUAUGCUUAAUCCCCAUAUACAUGAAGAACCACAGUUUUGGUGA